GGAAAAAUGACAUAGCGAGUGUAAGUGGAGAGAUAUAUGAUUACAUACACAACUUGUUUACCCAAAAGGACCAUUAGAUCAAAACGAAGUGAUCGACGCUGCUGCUAAAUCUAUCUUACUGAAAUUUUGAGUGGUACGCAUAUGGCUCGGUCCAUCACCAUACGCGUCCCUGCGACAUCUGCAAACAUCGGCCCAGGCUUCGACGUCGUCGGCCUGUCUUUGUCGCUGCAUUUGACACUCAAUGCUACUAUAGCGGACUCAAAUGUUCGAUAUCCACCAACCCUCACUUAUUCUGGAGAAGGCGCCGACGAAGUCCCGCUCGACCCAUACAAGAACUUGACGACUCGCGUCUGCUUAUACGUCCUAAGGUGUCAUGACAUUUCUUCUUUCCCGGAACAUCUUGCAAUACAUGCGCACAACGAAAUUCCAUUCGGUCGCGGUCUAGGAUCGUCUGGUGCUGCAGUAAUCGCCGGAGUUCUUCUCGCAAAUGUGCUCGCAAAGCUCAAUCUGACCACGUCGCGGAUACUCGACUUUGCGCUGAUGGUUGAACGCCACCCGGACAAUGUCACCGCUGCCCUUGUGGGAGGCUUUGUAGGUUCAUACCUCCGCGAACUUGAUGAUGAUUCGCAAGCACGUGCUCAAGUCCCGCUCAGCGAGGUCUUGCCAGAAUAUCCUCCAGAUGCCGGCGAGGACUGGGGAAAGAAUCCACCACACCCACCUGAAGGUAUCGGUCACUAUGUCCGAUUUGGAUGGGCAGAAUCGAUUAAAGCCGUGGCCAUCAUCCCUCGUUUCGAGCUCAGCACGGCCAAGGCGCGUGACGUGCUUCCUCAAAGCUACUCUCGAAAGGACCUGGUGUUCAACCUACAACGGUUAGCUGUGCUGACUACAGCACUUUCACGGACACCACCGGACCCAGGACUCAUUUACGAUGCAAUGCAGGAUCGCGUGCACCAGCCUUACAGGAGGACUCUAAUUCCAGGACUUCCUGAAGUCACUUCUCGACUUACUCCCACGACGCAUCCAGGCCUCCUCGGAAUCUGUCUAAGCGGAGCCGGGCCGACAAUUCUGGCGCUUGCAACUGAAGGAUAUGAGAAGAUUGCGGUAGAUGCGGCGCAUAUAUUCAGAGAAAAGGGCGUCGAAGUGGAUUGGAAGCUGCUUGAAGUCUGUCAAGGUAGCUAUGUGGAAGAGGAUGGAGCGGAAGUCUGGCAGAUUGUAUGAGCCCGAUUGGUAUAAUAGAGGAAAGCUUCCAGCCAUAUUAGACGGAGACCUCGCUUUGCGAAAGGGUCCAAACUCUACUGUUUUAGUUUUCAUCCCAAGGAUCUGCAUUGACCUUGAAUGGCUGCCUUAUGCAGUAAUUACUUCCGUUAGC